AUGACAGAUUUUACAAUUAAAGUUAAGCAGGAAGCUAAAUUAAAAAAAGAUUAUGAAGAGAAGUUUAAAACAUACUUUAAUAAACAUGGAGUGUAUUAUGAUAAGUUUAUAAAGGAAACUGGAUGCAGUAUUAAAGAUUGUGAACUUUUAUAUAAAAAUUAUAUGAAAGAUUAUUCUAAUUCUAUAAAAAAAGACUAUUUAAGAAGUAAUUUAACUGUAAUAUCAUACUUAAGUAGAAUUGGAGACAGCUAUAUUUGUAAAACAGAAAAUAAUAGGUGGGUAGAGCUAUCACUUGAAGAUGAUAAUUUACCAAUUUUAUUAAAAAAGAAAGAAUUAUACUUAAGACAACAGUUAUCAUUAACUAAUGAUCUGUAUAAUGAUUUGUAUGAUUCUAAAAAAAUUCUAAAUAAAGAGUUUUUUGAAGUUGAAGAAAAUAAAGAUGUUAAAGAGUUAACUAAUGAAGUUAUUGAGUUGAAGAAAGAUUUAACGUCUUUGUUAAAAGAAUUUAGUGAUUUGAAUUUAGAUAUUCUGGAAUUGAAAUUAGAAAUAAUUGACAUAAUUCAUGAAAAGAUCUAA